AAAAAUGAGCGCAAGGCGGAACUUCGCCGUGCUGACGAAGAGCAGCGCCGUCGCGAUAAGCAGGCGGCCCGCGAGGCACGCUACCUCGCUAACAAAGCAGAGGCCGAAGAGCUUAGCCGUCUUGAGAAGCAGGAGGCGGAGGAGCGCGCCCGUCGUGACAAGGAGGACGCUCGUGCGCGCACUCAAGAGCUGUUGUUCAUCCUGGGCGCGCUAACGACGAAGGAAUGA